UUAGCGCUGCCGCAGCAGCAGGCGGCGAUGUUGAGGAGGAGCAGAGAAGCGAGAUGGCGGAAAACUCGAGCUUUGUCGCAGCAGAGCAGCAGUCUGCGCCCGCGUCCUCGCCGCCCUCACUGAAGAGGAGGCAUGAAGGAGACCCAGAGGAGUUCAGAUCACCUCCUAAAAGACUGGACACGGGAGAAGGCCACAGUCAGAAGGUGGCGACUCAUUACAACGCUCUGCAGGAGUGCGGCCUGGUGGAGCGCAGCAGGAGCAGGAUCCUGCACAUGCGCAACUUCAACAACUGGAUGAAGAGCGCCCUCAUCGGAGAGAUCGUGGAGAAGGUGAAGCGUGAGCGGAGGGACGUGACCGUGCUGGAUUUGGGCUGCGGUAAAGGAGGAGACCUGCUGAAGUGGAGGAAAGGACACAUCAGCAAGCUGGUGUGUGCAGAUAUCGCCGAUAUUUCGGUGGAUCAGUGUCGGCAGCGCUACGAUGACAUGAGGAGGAGGAGUCACCCCAACGAACGGAUUUUCUCCGCCGAGUUCGUGACUGCAGACUGCAGCCGGGAGCUGCUGAGUGAUAAGCUGAAGGACCCUGAUCUGAGGUUUGAUAUCUGUAGCUGUCAGUUUGUGUAUCAUUACUCGUUUGAAAGCCACAGUCAGGCAGACAUGAUGCUGAAGAACGCCUGCGAGAGACUGCGGCCUGGAGGGUUCUUCAUCGGAACCACGCCGGACGCCUACGAGCUGGUGAGGCGGCUGGAAGAAUCCGAUGCGAACAGUUUUGGGAACGAGGUGUACCGGGUGACGUUUCUGAAGAAAGGAGAUUACCCGCUGUUCGGCUGUCAGUAUGACUUCAACCUGGAGGGAGUUGUUGAUGUCCCAGAAUUUCUGGUCUAUUUCCCCCUGUUUGUAGAAAUGGCGAAGAAGUACAACAUGCGUCUGGUUUAUAAGAAGACGUUCCACGAGUUCUUUGAGGAGAAGAUAAAGGACGAGCAGAACAGGGCUCUCCUGCAGAGGAUGCAGGGACUGGAGCAAUAUCCGGCCGAUGGCAGAGACAGGCUGGCGUCCGAUAGCCCGGGAGAGUACGAGCACGCUGAGAGGAGAGCCAGGACCUCCGGAGUUAGACUGCCACUGGGCACGCUGUCCAAGUCUGAGUGGGAAGCUACAAGCAUCUAUCUGAUGUUCGUGUUUGAGAAGAUGUCCUGAACUGACCCGGACGGUUGAACACUGAGGGCAUCAGGAGUCUCAGCCGAUUUUCUUCUUUUCUUCUUUUUUUAUUUUUAAUUUAGUUUUGGGAACGAUGAGCCGGUCAAAGCUGCUGUCUUUUCAGUUUAACAAACAUAAAAUGUUUGUACAGCCACAUUUGUGUGUGUGUGUGUGUGUGUGUGUGUGUGUGUGUGUGUGUGUGUGUGUGUGUGUGUGUGUGUGUGUGUGUGUAUAAAUGAGGGGAAUUUAUAGGUGUGAGUGUGUUGGAGCACAUAUAUGAUUGUCUUCAGUGUUCAGUCAUUUUCUAAAUAAACAGUUUGUGAAAAAUCUAAUUUACCUCCUCACCACAAACGUAGGUCAUCACCCAAGACUAUAGACAGCCGCUGACCUCCAAACGGCAGCGGCAGAACGUUUACUGCUCUUCUGUCCAUCUUCAUAGACGAGAGAUGCUGAACGCCUCCGCGCAGUUUGAAGAUGUGAUGAUUUAGGUUUGCUGUUAGCACCAUGCUAAUAAGAUUACAUCACUUGUUAGCCACAUUAGCCUCAUGGCUCCAUUGCUAGAACCGAAGACGCAAACUUCAGACACCAAGCCGUCUUGGCUGAUUGGCCACAUUUGGGGUUAACCUGAAUUAAGUUUUUCACUGGAGUAUCACUUAAAGUCAGUAUUUACCUCAGGCUAUGUCAACUGGUACGUUACGGAAACACAUUUCCACCGGAUAAAGGAAGAAAAAUAAAAAUGUAUUAUGGCAAUUUGCAAAUAAAGACUCGUUUUCCUGAAA